UUGUAUUCUCCUACCUAUGCACUCCUUGCAACCUCACCAACUUUCCUUUUCAUCUCUCUGAUCACGCCCUUAUUAGCUUCACUCUCUCCUUGGCUUCCUCCUCCUUGUCUUCCAACUACCAAACAGUUACCCGUAGAAACCUUCACUAUCUUAACCCUUCUUUUUUCUGCAACAGAUUGUCUCUAUGACAAAAUCUCAGCCCUGUCCUGCCCCAACCUGGCCACUUUUGUAUACAACAGUUCACUGUUAUCCACCGUGGACACAUUGGCCCCCCUCACUACACACAGAAUUAGGCCUCGACCACUACAGCCCUGGCAAACAGACAAUACCAGAUGCCUCAAAAAAUGUAUCUGUGCUCUUGAGCUUUUAUGGCGUAAGACUAAGACCCAGCAAGAGUUUGACCAAUAUAAUUCUACC